GGGAGAGUUUGGGUGGAGCCUGGUUUUCUGUAUAAGGGGCUCCGGGUUCUUCCCGGUUUGAAUUCUUUCUGAAGAUGCUUGUCAGGAUGAACCUGCUGUUGUUGGCUGGGCUGCUCCUGGCGGUGAGGCUGGGGGCGGAGGGGAAGGAGCCCAAGAUUGAGUGCCCUCCCUGUGCCCACACCAAGUGCCCACUUUUGCCCCCCGAGGGCUGUCCUUACGGGGAGCUGAAGGAUUCGUGCCGCUGCUGCUCCGUGUGUGCAGCCGGCCAGGGUGCGCCCUGCGGGGGCCGCGAGUCCAGGUACGGCCGCUGUGCCCCGGGCUUUGAGUGCGUGCGCUCCGGCCACAAGCGCAGGGGCCGCGGGCGCUGCCGCUGUAAAGCCUCCGAGCAGGUCUGCGGCAGCAACGGUGUGACCUACAGCGACGGCUGUGCGCUGACAGCUGCAGCGAAACGGGCAGAGAGGGAGGGAGAGACACCCGUCACCAGGAAUGGGAAAGGAGCGUGUGAGAAAGCUCCAGUCAUUGUGACACAGCCUAAGGAGAUCUGGAAUGUCAGUGGAUCCCAAGUUUACCUUUCUUGUGAAGUUAUUGGAGUACCUACUCCUGUACUCACCUGGAACAAGGUAAUGAAAACAGCAAUUGGUGUGGAAAAGAUGGAGCUACUGCCUGGUGACCGUGACAACCUUGCUAUCCAGACUAGAGGUGGGCCAGAGAAGCAUGAGGUGACAGGAUGGGUGUUGAUCUCUCCUCUCACCGAAGAUGAUGGUGGAGUAUACGAAUGCCAUGCAUCGAACACCAGAGGAGAAGCUGCAGCUGCUGGAAGCAUACAUGUGGUGGAGGAACUAAAAAUGAAGAAGAAAGCCCAAGAAACAACAAAAUAAAUUCAGUAAAAGGGACCAAUGACCAAACACUGGCUCAGCAUGGAGUUCAUCUACCGUCAGGGAAUUCCAUGGAUAAAUGCAGACUCUGUAAAAUGCUUUUUUCCUCCAGUGCACCAUUAAUUGACAUUCCAACAGAUCAUUUCUUGAUCAUAUAGUUACUUACAAUUAUGCUUUUUGAUGUACCUUUCGUUUCACUGUACUCUUAAUAGGAUUUCUUUUGUAUAAGGGCAAAGGAAUACAAAACAUUCUGUAUUAUCAGGAGAUAAACUGUAUAUAAAGUCAAAAAAGUUUC